AUGGCCUCGCGCAGGACGCUGUCUGGCAUCGUGGUGGCGUCGACGGCAGCUAGACCGGGCAAGGUGGAUGCGUCAAAACACCCCUCCCUGCGGUCAGCACCUUAUCCACACGCGCCCGCUCCGGUGGCCAGAGGUGGGUUGCCGCCGGGCACGCGCCGUCACCGGCGUCCACGAUGCAGGAGCCAAGGAACGCCCCGCCUCCUCGAGGCCGUCUGCCUGUCCGCCAAGCCCAUGCGCUACUACCAGGCCGGGUCCUCCGAGAUGUUCGGCUCCACGCCGCCGCCACAGAGCGAGGCCACGCCCUUCCACCCGCGCCCCCCCCCCUACGCCGCCGCCAAGGUCGCCGCGCACUGGUACACCGUCAACUACCGCGAGGCCUACGACAUCUGCGCCUGCAACGGCGUACUCUUCAACCACGAGUCCCCACGCCACGGCGAGAACUUCGUCACCCGCAAGAUCACCCGCGCCAUCGGCCGCAUCAAGGUCGGGCUCCAGACCAAGGUCUUCCUCGGCAACCUCUCCGCAGCCAGGGACUGGGGCUUCGUCGGGGAUUACGACGAGGCCAUGUGGCUCAUGCUCCAGCAGGACAAGCCUCCUGAUGACUAUGUCGUCGCCACCGAGGAGUGCCACACCGUGGAGGAGUUCUUGCAGGCCGCCUUUGGGUAUGCCGACCUCAACUGGAAGGAUCAUGUGGUCAUUGACAAGAAGUACUUUCGCCCUUCCGUGGUGGACUGCCUUCAGGGAGAUUCAUCCAAGUCGAGGAGACUGCUUGGGUGGAAGCCCAGGGUUGGUUUCCAGCAGCUGGUUGAGAUGAUGGUUGAUAACGACAUCGAGCUCGCCAAGAAGGAGAAGGUCCUUGUGGAUGCUGGGUACCGUGACCCCAAGCAGCAGCCAUAGAGUCGGUAUCGAUAGUUUGAUUAAAAUGGAGCCUGGUUUGGAUUUGCCCCCCUAGAAGCUGAUACAAUGUGGCCAUUGCAGUAGAAGUUGGCUCAAGUUAUUGUUGUUUGUCUCAGGGUAGAAAUAAGGAGGUUUGCAGUUUGAUCC